UUUUUUUUUUUAGCUACAGUUACAUAUUCCAAAACCUCUUGUUUUACUAAAAUACUAAAGCUUGGUGCAUGGUCCUUUAGGGUCUGUGACUCUGUGGCACCAAGCCACCAAAGGCCAGGGUCAAAUUUGCUAAAUUUGAGAUCAAUAAACAACAUUAUUUAAUUGGAAUCAUCAGUUUCUAGUUUUCACAUACGUAGUACAAAAAAUUUAAUUUAAGAAACUAACAUGAAUUAGAAUAAAUCAACCAUCAAUCAAAUUUAACUUAUUAUUUGCGGAUAGAGGUAGCAUUAUUUUCGAUAAUGUAUUCAACAUCUAUGUUCAAUAAAUUAUUUUAGCAAUUUUUUUUUAAAAAAAAAAAAAAAAAAAAAAAAAAAACGCAACAAUUUUUAUAAAUGAAAUUAUCUAAAACAGCCAAUAUGGAAAGAAAGGAAACAUACCUACCUAGGGGAGCCAACUGUCUAGUUGUUGAAAAAUCUGGAAACUCCAUUACAUCGAAAUUCUAAAUUAAACACCCCUGAAUGAUUUAUUCGACUCUUGAGGCAGUUGCAACACCAACUAAUUAAACUAAAUAAAACUUCCACUCUCUCAAACUAUAUAAUAACAUAAAAAUAUACAAUUUUCAAUAAAUAAAUAUAAACUAUAGUUUAGCUAGUACUCUAGUAGGUAUAUUAUUUUAUUUCUUUAAAAUAUUCAAACAAAAAUAAAAAAUUCAACCCCUUAACCCUUUCCAUCCCCUUUAAAUUGCCCCCUAACAUAGUUGCUUCACCAAUCAUCCCCUCAUCUCACUUUUUGAAAAAAAAAAAAAAACAACAAAAAAUAUCAUGGAUUCAAAAAAAUCCAACAAAAUUAGAGAUAUAGUGAGGCUACAACAAAUCCUCAAAAAAUGGAGAAAAGUAGCUAAUGCAUCUAAAACGAACACAAUUACCACCACUACAUCACCAAACACGGCCUCGGCCACUACCACCACCACUGCGAGCAAUGGUGGUGGUAGCAGUAGUGGAAAUAAAGGCAUAAAAUUCUUAAAAAAGACACUUUCAUUUUCAGACAACUCUGUUUCAGGAACAGAGUAUGUUCCAAAAGGUUACUUAGCAGUUUGCGUAGGAAAAGAGCUUAAGAGAUAUGUGAUUCCAACAGAAUACUUAGGUCAUCAAGCAUUUGGAAUAUUGCUAAGAGAAGCAGAAGAAGAGUUCGGAUUCCAUCAAGAAGGUGUCCUUAAGAUCCCUUCCGACGUCGCGGUGUUUGAGAAGAUCUUACAGAUGGUACAGCAUAAGAGAGAAGAGUUUUACUUCCAUGAAAUGUCUCAAAGUUUUGAGUUUCAUGCAUCUGAUAUUGAUGUUAUGAGUUCUACUUUGAGUGGUUGUUGUUCACCUGAUUGUGAUCAAAUUCUUCAGCCUUCCCUUCCUCAGUUGUGCAGAUGAUUUUACUACUAAUUAAACUUUUGGUUAUGAUUUUUUCAUAAAUUUUAGCCAUUUUUUUUUUUGUUGGGUUUGUUUGCCCUUCCCUAUUACUACAUUUUUGUUGGAAAAAAAAAAUGUAUGCAAGGGGAAUGAGGUAGAUUUUUCUCAUUAAAACAAAACAAAUUUGUUCUGUUUGUAAUGGUUGAUUAGUUUUUAAUAGAUCAGUCAUUCAUCUAUCAUUAA